AUGUUGUUACUUCUUUUACUAUUCCUUUUGUUUGGGUAUUCAACUUCUUUUACAGCCGAUGAUCAGGAGGUUAAGAUGAUGAAAAUCUUUGGAUCAGGAGCACAAUUAGCGGGUGGAGGAAAGAAUCAAUUUGAAGUGGUUGAUCGAGAGAGUGUUUAUCAACAAGGCCAACAAGGACAAUUCCUUCAAUUUCUUCGUCGAAUCGCCUAUGAUCGAGGACAACAUCCCGAGAAUCCGAAUGGCGAAGCUGUCACGGUAAACAUCUCGGUUCUGAUCUCGAAUAUUCGCUCAGUAAGUGAGAUCAAUAUGGACUAUUCCUUGGAAAUAUUCUUCCGUGAAUCAUGGAAAGAUCCUCGUUUACAAUUUGGAGUCGACGAUUUCAACAAGACGAUGAUCUCACUGCACGAAUCAUACGCGGAUUUUCUCUGGAGACCAGAUACUUUCGUGCCAAAUGCGAUCAAUUCAAAAACCCCACGAGAUGACUCAUUCACACAUCGAUCACUCUACAGGCUGAAAGAUGACGGAACAGUGAUCACAAGUCGGCGAAUCUCAUUGGUAGCUGAGUGUAGCCUCGAUUUGACAAGAUAUCCAUUCGAUAAACAACUCUGUAAACUCGGACUUGAAAGUUAUGGAUACACGGCUGAUCAGAUCACCUAUAGUUGGGCGGUUGACAAGAAUCCCCUUGAGAUGUAUCCGAUUCGUUUGCCGGAUUUCGAAAUCGAAAAGGCCUAUGCAACAAAACGAGUUGUCGACUAUUCCACAGGAAGUUACACCCGUUUAUAUGCUUGUUUUGUAUUUUCUCGAUCAGCCGGCUAUUGCUAUCUCCAAUUGAUCGUCCCAUCGGUGGCCAUUGUUGUGACAGCGUGGUUGAGUCUUUGGAGGGAAAGUGAAUCGUCGUUUGAGGAUAUGAUCACGAUCUUGAUGUCAAUCAUUUUCUUGCUUUAUUCUUACAACAGUGUCAUGCCUCGUGUCAGCUACAUCAAAGCCAUGGAUAUUUAUUUGGGCGUUUGUUUCUCGAUUGCUUUCCUUUCGCUCAUCAAAUUAUCAAUUAUGACAUUCAUGAGAUUACAAAUCUUAGGGGCUCAAUCAAGUUCCGGAGAUUACAUACAAGUGCAUAAAGAUGCGAAUGGACAAGAUGAAGUGCCAAUAAGAAAAAAAUGGAUUUUCUCGGAAAAGUGCAUGCAUAUAUUUCAUGUUCUCACCCAGGUGCUUCUCUUCAUGUUCUUUACUGGCUUCUGUACUUUCUUCUUUUUAAUUUAUCCUCGAUUACCGUAUCAUAUAACAGAUCCUGAUUGCGAUCCACAAAUCGCUGUCGCAAAUGCCGUAAAGAUC